ACCUGGAGACGCUCACCUCCUUCAGCUUCGCCGACGUCUACAGCGUCUCGUCAAUUCCUCGUCUCUCUCAUCUACGUGUCCGCCGCGGUCUCUCCUCAUGGGAGGUUUUGCGCUGCCGACCCGCGAACCAGGCCCUGUUGUCUGAGCCCACACACCAAACUGACCACGACGAUACUCCUGCUACUGUUGCUACUACUACCACCACUACUAUAGCCGCCCCUUUCCUCUCUGUCGCGACCUUCAUGUUAUCGGAUAGCCCGGUAGAAGCCAAUAUCUGCUCUAUCUAUCGAGGUGAUAUUGUUCUCGGUCGUCAUUCGUCAUCCAUCCAGCCACAAUAAUGAGUUCCAGCGGGGGAGACGCGAAGCUGUUCGCUAGGGGGAAAGUCGCGGAGCUGCGACAGGAUCUCAGCAGCGGCGGCAAGAAGGACAAAAACUACUCCGCCAAAAAGAUCGCCCUCAAGAAGAUUGUCGCAAACAUGACCAUGAGCAACAACGACAUGAUUGCCCUGUUUCCCGAUGUGGUAGGAUGCAUGAACUUGCCCAGUCUGGAGAUCAAGAAGAUGUGCUUCUUGUUUCUCGUCAACUAUGCUCGGACGAAGCCAGAAGUCGCCCUCAAGGCGCUGCCUUUCCUGGUUGAGGACAUGGAGGAUUCGAACCCACUAGUACGCGCAUUGGCCUUGCGCACCAUCUCCUACAUCCACGUCCGCGAGUUUGUCGAAGCGACCGUUCAACCCCUCAAACAUCUUAUGAACGACACGGAUCCUUAUGUGCGCAAGACGUCGGCCUUCUGUGUGUCGAAGCUCUACGAACACGACAAGAAAAUGGUCGAGAGCUCCGAUCUGAUCGACCGAUUGAAUUCCAUGCUCAAGGACGAGAACCCCACGGUUGUAUCCAGCGUACUGGCAGCGCUUAAUGAUAUCUGGGGGCGGAGCGAGUCCAUCUCCUUGACCAUCGACUACGCGAGCGCCUCGAAACUGGUCUCGAUCCUUCCAGACUGCUCCGAAUGGGGCCAAUCAUAUAUUCUCGAAUCCCUCAUGUCCUAUAUUCCCCAAGACACCUCAGAAGCGCUGUUGCUGGCGGAGCGCAUAGCGCCUCGUCUUUCCCACUCCAACUCCGCCGUCGUUCUGACAUCGAUCCGGGUAAUCCUCUACCUCAUGAAUUACAUUGCCGAAGAGAGACACAUCACAUCGUUAUCGAAAAAAUUAUCGCCUCCCCUGGUGACCUUAUUAUCGAAGCCGCCAGAAGUCCAAUACCUGGCCCUGCGUAACGCUAUUCUGAUCCUGCAGAAGAGACCCGAUGUCUUGCGCAACGAUAUCCGCGUCUUCUUCUGUAAUUACAACGAUCCUAUCUAUGUCAAGGUGACCAAGCUCGAGCUGAUCUUCAUGCUAACCACCAAAGAGAACAUUUCUGUGGUCUUGGCGGAAUUACGAGAAUAUGCGACUGAGAUCGACGUUCACUUUGUACGCAAAGCUGUGCGAGCCAUCGGCAAACUGGCUAUCAAGAUCGAGUCUGCAGCUCGGCAGUGUAUCGACACCCUGCUUGACUUGGUGAACGCUAAGAUCCCCUAUAUUGUACAGGAGGCGACAGUAGUGAUCCGCAAUAUCUUCCGGAAGUAUCCAAACCAGUAUGAAAGUAUCAUUGGGCAGGUCAUACAGAAUAUCGAUGAGCUCGAUGAGCCCGAAGCUAAGGCGGCCAUUAUCUGGAUCAUCGGGCAGUAUGCCGACCGGAUUGAAAAUUCGGACGGCCUGCUGCAGGAUUACCUGGCCACAUUCCACGACGAGCCUAUCGAGGUACAGCUGGCGCUGCUGACGGCUACAGUAAAGUUGUUCAUUCAACGGCCGACCAAGGGCAAACAAUUGGUUCCGCAAGUACUGAAAUGGUGUACCGAGGAAACCGACGAUCCCGAUCUUCGCGACAGAGGCUACAUGUACUGGCGUCUGCUGUCGACGGAUCCCGCGGCAGCCAAGAACAUUGUCAUGGGUGACAAGCCGCCCAUCACAGCGGAGAGCGAGCGCCUGGACCCGAAGACCCUCGAAGAGCUCUGCCUGAAUGUUGGCACACUGGCUACCGUCUAUCUGAAGCCGGUGCAACAGGUUUUCCGCUCCGCCCGGCCUCGACGACUCCAGGACAGCCCGGCCCUACAGAAGUCGCGGAUUGCAGGGAACGGGGAGGCAGUCUUUGGCAUCACACCUGCGAAUGCACCUGCUGCUGCCAAUUACCAGAACGGCGAAUUCCCCCCUCUAGCGCAGGCGGGCGACAUGUCUGCCGCGGUGACAGCGGCCGAUUCCUACUUCAACGGCCUCGGGAACCAGCAGAUGGCUGCCCUGAGUCUUGGCGGGCGCGACGACGGCGGCAUCGGCGGCGGGGGCGCGCUGCAGACACAGUAUGUUGUGACGCAGAACCAGCAGCAGGUAUACCAGCCUCAGCUGGCUGGGGGGGCGGCGACGGGCGAGUUACUCUUGUUGUAAUAUAUAUAUAUAAGUAUCAUAGCAUGAAUCAUUACUAUCGACAGU